GUUUUUUUAUAUUUAUUAAAAAUAUUUUUGUGAUUGGGGCAUUGGGAACCCAUUAUUUGUGGGGACAAUUAAAAAAUAAGUUUUCAUGAAUGUGGUUAAAAUUAUGUGAAAGUGGUUUUUUGUAAAUGUAAAUAUUUACAACAAAAUUUCUAAGAUUGUUUCAAACAUAAAGUCUGCCAUUUCCCCAUAAACUUUUUUUUCUUUUUUUUUUUUUGUCAAAAACUGUCAAAAAAUGAGUGAAGGCAAAGAUAAUGAAAAACAGGCACUUUUGCGGUAUCAAGACAACAAUCCAACGUAUGAUGGAUCUUCAGAAGGCACUAAUCAGAAUUUUCAAGGUCAGCAAGCGACCGUAUUUCCAAUUGGUCCAGAUGAAUUACCGCCACCGUAUCAAAGUGGAAACACAACAGGUGUACCGAUGGUUACAUGUCGAGUGUGUCAAGCUAUGAUUGAUAUUUCUGGCAAAAAGGAGCAACAUGUUGUCAAAUGUUGCCAAUGUAAUGAAGCCACUCCAAUACGAAAUGCACCACCUGGAAAAAAAUAUGUACGUUGCCCCUGCAACUGUUUAUUGAUUUGUAAAAGUUCAUCGCAGCGGAUUGCUUGCCCACGACCAAAUUGUAAACGAAUUAUUAAUUUGGCACCAAGUCCUGUUACACCUCCGGUACCAACAAUGCCAGGAAUGAGCCGUGUUACAUGCGGACAUUGCAGUGAUACAUUUUUGUUUAAUACAUUAAAUAAUGCAUUAGCACGCUGUCCUCAUUGUCGGAAAGUAUCAUCAGUUGGACCAGAUUUCGCUCGUGCACGUGGAUUCCUAUUUUUGAUAAUUGGUAUCGUAUUUUUGGGUAUAGGCGUUGGUGUUACCGUCGGUACAUAUGCACUGGUCAAAGGUCAUGGUGGUAUAUAUGUAGCAUAUGUUGGCGCUUUCUUAUUAGCAAUUUUAAUGUUUGCCCGUAGCGUAUAUUAUUGUGCCAUGAAAAUCAGUAAUAUUGAAGGUCCCAUGUAAAAGGGACCUUCAUCCUUCUCCCCAUUUAUUAUCACAUCUCAGAUAUCGUAAAUUGUGUUUUGUCUAAACAA